AUGGACGGCCAACGAAGGGCGGCAGACAACCUCUCAUGGCUCGCUCUUUUCGCGCAGCAGCGCCGUCUCGCUGGGCAGGCUCCUCCGCGCGGAGAACCGCGCAACCUGCUCGACCUGCUCCUAAAUCCCGACUUCCACCCCCACGACUUCAUCCCCACCGACGCUGCGCACAACCAUGAUCUCGAUGCUUAUGCCGAUAUGCCCCCGUUGAACGACGACGACGACGACGACACGCCCUCCGGUUCCCCUAGCCGCAGUGGCUCCCCCUCGCCAUCGUCGGCUGACACUAACGACGAAGAUGGUGAUUUGCCCCCGCCGUUAGAAGCGGACGACUCCCCCAUCCCCGCUUCUUUCUUCUCCAACACGACCCGCCAACAGUCCCCUGUAACUGAGCCCCUCGAUGCUUCCGCUCCCCGACCGGAUGUGGAAGGUGGUCGUGCUCCCUCCUCCCCUCGCACUACUGUGCAGCGUUCAGGCUCUCGUCCUUCCGCGACGGACGAUGGCCAUGACUCCGAUGCAGAGAGCACGAGCAGUCUUCCGACACUCCAGAGCAUCUCGGACUCGGAGGACGAAGACGAGGAGGACGUCGAAGACGAUGAUGGCUCUAUGCCCUCCAUGGCCACCGUUAGCGACUCGGACGAAUGGGAAGACGAGGAGGGCGGAGACUGGAGCGACGGGGAGGGCGAUGACUCCGAGGGUAUUACGUGGCAAGAGAUGUUCCUCCCGCCAACCGAUGGAUUCCAACCCCUCUGCGAGCAGGAACUUGCCCUUCGACGCCGUCGACGAGCCUUUCUUCAGCUCGCGAGCGCUGUUGGAGAGGGCAAGGGAGGAUUUUUCGACGUCACGGAGUUCACCUCCCGGCUAACUGCAUUCGACGAGGAUCCAGAACGGGCGAAGGUGGCAUCGGAGGAGCUGGUCAAGCGGUACGAGGUGCUUCGAACAGAUGACGGUGAGCCAGCGGACGGGUGCGCAAUCUGUCGGGAAGGUCUGCUCGAAGUCUCCGCGGAUGAACACAAGGCCCAAGCAGUCCUGCAAAACAGACUCGGAGCUCCCGUUCCACAUGUUCCCGAAGCCGGGCCCUCUCGGCCGGUGUCACGAUCUGGACGUACCUGGAAGCCGCCAAAGGUGGAGACUCUGCUUGAGUGGGUACAAGGGGAAGAACAGGCUCGUGCGAAGGGCGUCCCACGAGAGCGACCGUCAGUCACAAUGCCCGAAUUCACUGACGAGCAGCAGACGUGUCGCCCGCUCCGCCAGUUCACUCACUCCCUGAGUUUGAUCCCUACCGCAAUGUGGGGUUUCUUCCCCCAGCACCCCCUUCUUUCGUGCGAUCGGACCCCCAUUCCCCUGUCCCCAUCCCGCAAUAUCCUCCUUGGCUAA